AUGCCUGCCAGUCCGAGUCAAGAGCGUUGUUUACCUUCCCCGGGGAAAACCGCACCCGAGAAGGGCAUGAAACGCGACAGUGUGCGAUCGGCUCUGUUUGGGGCGUGGAAUAAGGCAUCCGGUUUGGACACCAAGCAGAAACGGGCUAGGCGCCACGGUGGAGAGACCCUGGGUCGGGCAUCGAUGCUGCUCUUGACCGCCGCAGCAGAGAUGGUAACCCGAGCUCUCCGCGGAACUGGAAAGCUCACAACCGCCAAACCAGAUGCCCUGAGAGUGUGGGGGAACACCAUCUACCAUAAAUGUACCCUCUGCGAAGCUCCAGUAGCUGGAAGAGAUUUUACUACCAAUUUUAUUAUCAAGAGCUUGAAAUUUCCCAGAUAG